AAAUGAAGGCUAGCUGGUAAUAGUUGUUUUCGUAACAUUUUCCUUACCUUAAUUUCCUUUUGCCAUAGUUAUUUUAUACACUUUAGUGUUUAAAACUUAAUGACAGUACUGGUUUUCUCGUGGUUUUAUCGAAACGUGAUGAACACAAACAUGUUUAUUGUUUGUUAGAUCGUAUAAUGAUCGCGGGGUUUUCGAGUAUAAAAACGAUGCUGAAGACAGUGUCGUUGCUUUUUAUGGUGUCGACAGCAGUUGCAGAAAUCACUACACGAUGUGGAUCUGAAAUCGGUACCAGUUUUAACAAGACUGAAGACGGCAUAGAAGGACGCUACACAGUGGAAUGGUGUACCCAAAUACCCGAGAAUGCAAAACUUUGGGAAAUUCAACUGGAACACACAACUGACAAUAAAUUUAAUGUUUGUAGAAAUAAUAUCACUCUCAGGCAGAAGCAUGGAAUGAAAAUGGCAUUCCAUUCCCGACCAUUGAUAUUGGACAUUACCAAUAGAUCUAAGUGUAACAUUACCUGUCUAUCAAAACAGUUUGAUGCAGUUUUCUCAAGCUGCUACAAGGUAUCCAACAAGAUAAUUGAGAAGAGAGAAACCAAUGAGCAUGGGGUCACUAACACGCUAGUGACACACUUGAUGAUGGAUACGUAUCAUCGAAUCGACAACAUGUUCACCAGCCAUCAAGCCCUCAAUACGCUGCAACCCGUCGUGCAACUUGAAAAGAAUAACCGUGAGCUCGUGGCCACGUAUAACCUUCACUACAUAGACGUGAGCGAAUCGUUUGGCAUGCGAACUAAAGAGUAUAAGAAUAAUUCCAAUACUAAGGAAACGGAUGCUGUAGAUUGGAUAAACAUCAGAGGCAACUGCACCGCGCAGUCCGAGUCUGCGACAGUUGUUUGCCACCUGCGGUGUCCCGACCCUGGUUAUUGUGUACUACUGUCUUUGGAAUACACCGCGUCGUAUCGAAACAGCAUCGGUGACCCCAGCGUCUUUGAAUACUGUGCCCCGCCGACUGAGGAAAGAGAGCUGGACCUGGGCAUGGACCCGCGCGUGUGGUGGGCCAUAGGCGCGCUGGCGCUGACGCUGACGCUGCUGGCGGCGUGCUGGGCCGCGCACUCGCGCGUGCUCGCCAACCUGCGCAAGAAGGUGCUGCACGAGUGGAUGCACAGAUACGCUUCGUACACGGCUGAACACACGCCAGCGGCGGACCCCGGCCACAUCCUGCUGCUGUACGCGCGGGACUGCGAGCCGGCCAUGGAGGCCGUCAGGGUGCUGAAGGAAAUGCUUGAGGAAGGCGCUCCGGCACGGGUAUACGACUUAUUCAGCGCCGACUGCAUGGCGCUGUACGCCCAAGCACCGGAAGAGUGGCUCUGCGGCGUGCUAGCACGGCCCGACGUGCGCGUCGUGCUAGUGCAGACCCCGGCCGCCGCGGCGCUGUACGCGGCGCAGGUCUCCCAGGACAUGCAGAUGCAACAACCGCUAUUGGGAGCUCGUGUGCAAUACAAAAAACCUCACUACGGAGAUGUGCUACUGCAGUUCGCAUUACGACUGGUGCGGGACAUGGCCCCAAUGCAGCAAGAGUAUGCCCGGUAUUACAUCGCUACUGUGUCGGAGCUGGACGACGAGCUGAUGCCGCAGGUGGCGCCGUACCGGCGCUACGAGUUGCCCGCGCACGCGGCGCGGCUGCUGGCCGACCUGCGCCUGCGCGCCGACCAGCCGCCGCGGCUGCGCGGCCUCGCCGCCGCCGUGCGGGACCUGCUCGACUACGUCAGGGCCAAUGAGAACUACUUGCGAGACGAACUCAUGUUCAUAUAAGUACGCUGCACACUAUUCA